CGUUUACAUGGGGGGAGGCUGGAAAGGCAGCAGGCUGCACUUUGCCUCGCCCCCGUCCUUUCACGGACUGCAAAUUAGACGCCAAAGCGCUGGCCCAGCAGCGUCCUAAGGCUUUCGCAUGCAUGACGCCCUUAGGAGUUCUACAAGCAGUUCUGCAAGGUAGACCCGAUCAGUGUCGAGUCUACUUCCUAGUCCACUGCAGGGCAGGGGCUACGGCAGCAGGCUGCACGAAGCAGCGGGCCUGGUGGUCUACGCGGCUCCUUCUUGCCCUUAAAGCCACGGGACGGGCGCCUGAGCGACAGCGUGCGCGAGAAAGGCGGGUCAGCAUCCUGAGUCGAGCAGCCUUGUCGGGAGCGGAGCGUCCGCCUUGCCGCCUGUUGGUAGCGCCGUCGGGUUCCUCCGCCUCCACUCGGUGUGGCAUCCCCUCAUCAGGCAUUUGGGGGCCGAAAGGCCGGUCACGCGUGUUGUGCUCUGCUUCAGCCAGAAUGGCGAGGAUCCGAAUAUCCAGCACUACAGUUGCAAUCUUCCUUGUGAUUCAGACAGGAUUUCUACUGUUUUUGUGUGCUCAGCAUGGUGGCUUUAUGUCUCAGUCUGAAGAGAAACCACCCCAGGUGCACAUUCUCAUCCUCUCCUCCUGGAGGUCAGGGUCUUCCUUUGUUGGGCAGCUCUUCAGCCAACACCCUGAUGUUUUCUACUUGAUGGAGCCAGCCUGGCAUGUGUGGGCAACCAUGUACCAAAACAGCGCCAAGGUCUUGCACAUGGCAGUGCGGGACCUCAUCCGGUCAGUCUUUAAGUGUGACAUGUCAGUCUUCGAUGCCUACCUGCCAUGGAAGAGAAAUGUGUCAGAUCUUUUCCAGUGGGCAGUAAGUCGUGCCUUGUGCACAGAUCCUGUUUGUGAAUUGUUCCACCGCACUGAUAUCACCAGCGAAAGUGCCUGCAAGGCUGUCUGUGGGAAGUCCCCCUUCAGCAAAGUGGAAGAGGCCUGCAAGAGCUAUAGCCACAUUGUCCUGAAGGAAGUCCGGAUCUUUGACCUCAAGGUGCUUUAUCCUCUCCUCACUGACCCCUCCCUGAACCUCAAAAUCAUCCACCUCGUCCGUGACCCCAGAGCUGUUGUGAAAUCACGGGAACAAUCAGCAAAAGCUCUUGCCCGUGACAAUGGGAUUGUCUUGAGCAUGAAUGGCACAAAAGUGGAAGAUGGCCAGUACAAAGUCCUGCAGGAGAUCUGUAGAAGCCACGUUCAGAUUUAUGAAACAGCAACCCUGAAACCUCCAAGUUUUCUGAAAGAUCGUUACUUGAUGAUCCGGUUUGAAGAUCUUGUACGAGACCCUUUAGUGGAAAUUACAGCAAUGUAUAAAUUUUCAGGUCUUCAGCUGACCAGCAAACUUGAAAACUGGAUCUAUAAUAUCACCCAUGGACAAGGGCCAAGUAGGAAGAGGGAGGCCUUCCAAAUCACUCCCCGAAAUGCAGUAAAUGUCUCCCAGGCAUGGAGGACUGUUCUUUCGUUUCAGAAAGUCAAGCAAGUGCAGGAGGUUUGCAAGGGUGCCUUAAAUAUACUCGGAUACCAACUUGUAGAUUCUGAGAAAGAACAGAAAGAUUUGUCAUUCGAUUUAGUGUUGCCACAUCGAAAAAGUCAAUUCAGCUGGGCAUCCUUUAGUGAAAAUUAGGGGAAGUAUGACUAUCUGUAAUCUCUUCUUCGUUGCCCAGGUAACUGGAAAAUAUUUAUUUUGAUUGAUGAAUUCUGUGCUUCUAGUUAUUGUUCUUUUUGCCAUUUACAUAAACUAGAGCAAAUGGAAUAAAGGGGUGAAAUGUAGUUCACAGAAAUAUAUCCUAUUGGAUCAGUCGUUGUACCACACUGUUCUGCUAUAUUUGUAGGUAUCAGGAAUGCCGUUUUUUAUUUAAUAACAAUGUAGAACUUCCAAAAACUGCAUUAUAUUUGAAAUAACUUAAAUACAAAAUACUUUCCCUUUGCUUCUGAGAAUAGGGCAAGAAAGUAACAAUGGUAUUCUGGGUUCUGCAUUAUUUUUUAAACAAAAAAUGUUCACAUGCUGGGCUGUCAAAUUACUGAUGAGUUUUGGUCUUCUUUGCUCAUGUUAGCUAAUCCUCUGAAUGGCCACCUUGUUUAGGGUGGAGGAGUUGGAAGAAAGUCCAAUGUUGCUGUUCAAAUGAACCAUUUGGCUGCUGUCUGCUCUGGUGACAGACCAUGGGCUGGUCCCUAAAAUCAUUAUAUAUACAUGUGGGAGAAACCUCUGUAUGCAGUACUGAAUGCUCACUUCUACCGGUAAUGAAGGCCAUCACUGAACAUGUAAAUCUUUUGUGCUUCAUAGCUGCUUAAAAAAUAGUGGGGAGAAAACAAGGAUUCUGCUAGAGAUACACAGAAGAAACAUGAGGCUUAUUCUCUUCUUUCUCUUCAAAAUUAAAAUGCUGCCAUUGGAUUGGACAGAUGACCAUGCAAAGACUAUGCAAAUUGGACAGCUGACUAUGCAAAGAUUGUUCAAUGCUUCUUAAUGUGACUGCCAUAUGCAGGUACUUUGGAAUAUUUCUCCAGAGGCACUUGCUGGUUGCUUUCUUUCUAACUUUGGCUGGGGUCCUAGCAUCUGUUUGUAAUGUCAUUGAGCUGACCACGGGCCUCAGAUAUUUCCCCAGAAGGAGAGAACCUGCACCUAUUGGAGAUUUCCUUCCCCAUGAAUGGUAUUCCUCAGCCAAAGGCACACUUCACUGUGCGGAGCCUGUACUGUUAAUCUAGAAUCCAAAGUGCGGAGAUGUGGGAAUGGGUCCCACCAUUCAGGAUCCAGAAGCAGAUGUGGGGGGAGCAGUGGAGAGUUUCUCAAAAGUGGAGUGCUGGGAAUCAGUUGUGCCUCUGGAAGCCCCUGCUCCCCACAAACCAGUCAUGACUUGGAAGCUAUACAGCUAUACAGCUGUACAGCUGAACCACAGGCUGGGGUGGGGGUUGGGGUGUGUGGGGAAGGUUGUGUUAGGGGGAAAAGUAAUCUCUUUCCCUCACACAUUUAUUCUGCCAUUAGAAAUUGCUCUGGGGCUCCCUUCCAGUUCAGGUUUGGGUUGGGGCUGAAUCCCACUGCUUUGUACCUUUGUAUGUUAAAAAAAGUGCUAUUUCCCUAAGUCUGUGGUGAAUUCUCACUUAGAGAACCAUUUGCUAAUCAAGUUUCCAUGAGGAAGGCCAAGUAGAUGUGACCUAGAUGUGACCCCCCCUUAAAUGGGAGGGGUGGGGUGGCUGGGUUUCUGGACUGAAUGGAGGGGGGGGGGAGAUCGACUGCAUGCUUCUCAGAUCAUAGAUACUGCAGAAAUAAAUGCUUAACACUCUGGUAAUAUUUGAAUGUGGGGCAUCCAACACAAUCUACAGCAGGUUCAGAAGACACGGGGAAUUCCAUCACACACUAACCAAUUAGCCUGUGGAAUUGUUUGCCACUGAAUGUUGUAUUUAUAAAUUUAAUAAAUGGUGAUGGUGAUGGUGAUGGUGGUGAUAAUUAUUUCUGGCUCCAAGAGAAUUAUAUUGGUCUUUCAAUGACCUCAAUAGACAAGGCAUUGCAAAAUGCAGCCUGGAAUAUCACAGGCUGCUCUCAGGGUUGUGCCUUUUCUACAUCUCUGAGUGAUCUAUAAUGAAAAGCUGCUUUAAAUGCAUAGCUGCC